AUGACUCUAUACAAACUCGGUCUCUUGACAAGCCUUCUGGCUACAUUCCACGGUGCCUUGGGCAAGUUGAACCUGAACAGCCAGUCCAACAUUGCCGUCUACUGGGGCCAAAACUCCCAUGGAGCAUCCACCGGUCUAGCAGCACAGCAAAGACUGUCGUACUACUGCCAGAACACCGACAUUGAUGUCUUCCAACUUGCCUUUGUCACCAGAAUCAACGGCGCCGGCGGCCUCCCCGAAGUCAACUUCGCCAACGCAGGCGACAACUGUACCACCUUUGCCGGCACGAACCUCCUCAGCUGUCCCCAGAUAGAAGCAGAUAUCCAAACCUGCCAGUCCCUCGGCAAAACCAUCCUCCUCUCCAUCGGCGGCGCAACCUACACAGAAGGCGGCUUCCCCAGCAGCUCCGCCGCCACCGCCGCAGCCAACACCCUCUGGCAGACCUUCGGCCCCGCCUCCGACCCCUCGGCCCUCCGCCCCUUCGGCCAGGCCACCAUCGACGGCUUCGACCUCGACUUCGAAUCCACCGUCUCCAACAUGCCCGCCUUCGCCACCCAGCUCCGCACCCUGUAUCUGUCCGACCCCUCGAAACAAUACUACCUCACCGCCGCCCCGCAGUGCCCCUACCCGGACGCCGCAGACGGGCCCAUGCUCGACGGCGCCGUCUCCUUCGACGCCAUCUGGGUCCAGUUCUACAAUAACUACUGCGGCCUGCAGGCGUACGUCCCCGGCGCAGCCACGCAGUACAACUUCAACUUCGCCACGUGGGACAACUGGGCCAAGACGGUGUCGCUCAACAAGAACGUCAGGGUCUUCCUGGGCGUGCCCGGCAGCUCGACCGCCGCGGGGAGCGGCUAUGUCUCCGUGGACAGGCUGGCGGGGAUUAUCGCGUAUGCGAAGGGGCUCUCGUCGUUUGGGGGCGUGAUGUCCUGGGAUGCGAGCCAGGUUGUUGCGAAUAGUGGGUUUUUGGGCGGCUUCGAGUUCGAGUUCAACUUCGACUGUGAGUUCUACUUCUACGGCUACCUCGACCCCUCCUGCUACCACGGUGACCAGUACGACCAGUGUCCCGACGACGUUGACGAGUGUGACCAAGACGUCUACGACGACGGCGACGACGACAGCGCCGGGGAGCGGUAG